CUCCGCGGCUCCGCGGCCAACAUGGCGGCCUCCGGGUCGGCGUCGCCUGUGGUUUCCAACCCGGCGGAGGGCGAGGAGGAGACGAUUCUUUACGACUUGUUGGUCAACACCGAGUGGCCCCCGGAGACUGAAGUGCAGCCUCGAGGCAACCGAAAACAUGGUGCGUCCUCUAUCAUCACAAGAGCAAUUAGAGAUCGUUUGUUAUUUUUACCCCAGUACAUUUGGUAUAGCCCUGCCCCUUUUUUGCUUCCUGAUGAACUGGUUCGCUUGAUUAAUAAGCAGAUAAACUGGCAUUUGGUGCUAGCAAGCAAUGGAAAACUUUUGGCUGCUGUUCAAGAUCAGUGUGUGGAGAUUAGGUCUGCAAAAGAUGAUUUUACAUCUAUUAUUGGGAAAUGCCAAGUUCCCAAAGACCCCAAGCCCCAGUGGAGACGAGUAGCCUGGAGUCAUGAUUGUACCCUGCUGGCCUAUGCUGAAAGCACAGGAACUGUGAGGGUGUUUGACCUCAUGGGAAGUGAACUCUUCAUUAUCACCCCGGCAUCUAGUUUACUAGGCGAUCUGAGCUAUGCCAUUGCUGGGUUGAUAUUUUUAGAGUACAAAGCAAGUGCACAAUGGUCUGCUGAACUCUUGGUCAUCAAUUACCGAGGAGAACUUAGAAGUUACCUUGUAAGUGUUGGAACAAACCAGAGCUAUCAAGAGAGUCACUUUUUCAACUUCAGCAGUCAUUAUCCUCAUGGAAUCAACACAGCUAUCUACCAUCCUGCACAUAGACUUUUGUUGGUUGGUGGAUGUGAAACUUCUGAAAUGGGCAUUUCAAAAGCGUCUAGCUGUGGCCUUUCUGCCUGGAGGGUUCUUUCAGGAUCGCCAUAUUAUAAGCACGUUACUAAUGGCGGAGACAGGGUGACUGCAGUACCAAAGACUCUUGGAUUAUUACGCAUGUUAAGUGUUAAAUUUUACACUCGUCAGGGACAAGAUCAGGAUGGGAUCUUCAAGAUGAGCAUUUCUCCAGAUGGGACCCUUCUCGCUGCCAUUCACUUCUCAGGGAAACUGAGCAUCUGGGCUAUCCCGUCUUUGAAGCAGCAAGGAGAAUGGAAUCAAAAUGAGCAGCCAGGCUAUGAUGACCUUAAUCCUGGAUGGAGACUUUCUACUGAGAAGAGAAAAAAAAUUAAAAAUAAAGAGACCUUCUACCCUCUGAUUGAUGUAAAUUGGUGGGCAGACAACGCAGUGACCUUGGCUCGCUGCUCUGGUGCUUUGACUGUGUCAUCAGUGAAAACUUUGAAGAAUUUGCUGGGAAAAUCCUGUGAAUGGUUUGAGCCAUCGCCUCAAGUCACUGCUGCACAUGAUGGGGGGUUUCUAAGCUUGGAGUGUGAGAUUAGACUUGCACCCAAACGGUCUCGUUUGGAGGCUAGAGGCGGAGAAGAAGAUGAAGGUGAAGAGGAUUCUGAUUCGGACCAGGAAACUUCUGCCAAGGCCCGCUACUUUGGUUAUGUCAAGCAGGGCCUGUACUUGGUGACGGAGAUGGAGCGGUUUGCCCCGCCCCGGAAGCGCCCGCGGACCAUCACUAAGAACUAUCGCCUUGUGAGUUUGCGCUCGACAACUCCAGAGGAACUUUACCAGAGAAAGAUCGAAAGUGAAGAAUAUGAGGAAGCCUUGUCUCUCGCUCAGACCUAUGGCCUGGAUACCGAUCUCGUAUAUCAGAGGCAGUGGAGGAAGUCCGCUGUCAACAUUGCUUCCAUUCAGAAUUACCUGAGUAAAAUAAAGAAACGAUCUUGGGUUCUUCAUGAGUGUUUGGAAAGAGUUCCCGAAAAUGUGGAUUCUGCCAAAGAACUCCUUCAGUAUGGACUAAAAGGCACAGACCUGGAAGCUUUAAUAGCAAUAGGAAGAGGAGCAGAUGAUGGCAGGUUUACAUUACCUGGUGAAGUAGAUAUUGAAGGAAUUUCCUAUGAAGAGCUUGAAGAAGAACCUGCCAAGAAUAAAAAGGAGAAGGAGCUUAAGAAGAGACGAGAACUACUUAAAUUAGUGAAGUUUUCAAAGUUGACACUGGAACAAAAGGAACUUUGCCGUUGUAGACUGAAAUUAUUAACCUACUUAGAUCGGCUUGCAACAUACGAGGCCAUCCUGGGAGUGCCCCAUUCAUCUGAACAGAGAUAUGAUGCUGAGUUCUUUAAGAAGUUCAGAAAUCAGAAUAUUGUUCUCUCAGCAAGAACAUAUGCUCGGGAGAGCAAUGUGCAGGCUGUAGAAAUUCUGUUUACUUACCAUGGAUCUGACCUGCUUCCUCAUCGUCUUGCCAUUCUCUCCAACUUCCCAGAGACCACCUCACCACAUGAAUAUUCUGUUUUGCUCCCUGAAGCUUGUUACAAUGGUGAUUCCUUGGCGAUCAUUCCAUGGCAUGAACGCAAACACCGUGAUGAAGAUUGGUGUGAGGAGUUGGAGUGCAGAAUGGUGGUCGAGCCGAGUCUCUCUGAUGAAAGUGAAUUCUUGUACACUGCCCAGCCAGAGUUGCUGAGGUUCAGGACCCCGAAGCUUGCAGUAGAGCUGGUUAUAAACUGGUACCAGACCAGAGCAGAGGAAAUAGAGCACUAUGCCGGACAGGUUGACUGUGCAUUGUCACUUAUUCGACUUGGAAUGGAGAGGCAUAUUCCUGGCUUGCUGGUUCUAUGUGAUAAUUUGGUUACUCUGGAAGCAUUGGUUUAUGAAGCAGGGUGUGAUUUAACCCUAACCUUGAAAGAACUCCAACAGAUGAAAGACAUCGAGAAACUAAGAUUAUUGAUGAACACUUGUUCUGAGGACAAAUACGUGACAAGUGCCUACCAAUGGAUGGUCCCCUUUCUUCAUCGUUGCGAGAAACAGUCUCCUGGUGUGGCUAAUGAACUAUUAAAAGAAUAUUUAGUAACUUUAGCUAAGGAGGACUUGAAGAAUCCUCUGAAAAUAUUUCAACAUUCCAAACCAGAUUUGCACCAAAGAAUUAUUCCUGACAACGACCAAUUGAUGGCAGUAGCAUUAGAGUGCAUCUAUAGCUGUGAACGAAAUGACCAGCUGUCUCUCUGCUAUGACAUCCUUGAAUGUUUGCCUCAGAGAGGAUAUGGUAACAAGACCGAGGUAACCACAGUGCUACAUGACAUGGUAGACCAGCUGGAGCAGAUUCUCAGUGUGUCAGAGCUUCUGGAGAAACAUGGAGUUGAGAAACCGAUUUCGUUUGUUAAGAACACUCAGUCUAGCUCAGAAGAGGCACGCAAGCUGAUGGUUCGACUUACCAGGCACACUGGUCGGAAGCAGCCUCCUGUCAGUGAGUCACAUUGGAGAAUGCUGCUGCAAGACAUGUUAGCGAUGCAACAGAAUGUGUACACCUGCUUAGAUGUGGAUGCUUGCUAUGAGAUCUUUACAGAAAGCCUUCUUUGUUCCAGUCGCCUUGAAAAUAUCCACCUGGCUGGACAGAUGAUGCACUGCAGUGAUGGUUCAAUAAAUCCUCCUCCUAGUGGAGUCCAUAAAGGGAAAACCCAGUACAGGGUCAGUUACGAAAAGAGUAUCGACUUAGUGUUGGCUUCCAGCAGAGAAUACUUCAAUUCGUCCACGAGCCUCACUGACAGCUGCAUGGAUCUGGCCAGGUGCUGCUUACAAUUGAUGACAGACCGACCAGCUGCCAUUCAAGAGGAACUAGAUCUUAUCCAGGCUCUUGGAUGCCUCGAAGAAUUUGGGGUAAAGAUCCUACCAUUGCAAGUGCGAUUGUGCUCUGACCGGCUUGGCCUCAUUAAGGAGUGUAUUUGCCAGUCUCCCACAUGCUACAAACAGUCUGCCAAACUUCUGGGCCUUGCUGAGUUGCUGAGGAUAGCAGGUGAAGAUGCAGAAGAAAGGCGUGGACAGGUUCUCAUCCUUCUGGUUGAUCAAGCACUUCGUUUCCAUGACUACAAAGCAGCCAAUGUGCAUUGUCAGGAACUGAUGGCCACAGGUUAUUCUAAAAGUUGGGAUGUUUGUAGCCAGUUAGGACAAUCGGAAGGUUACCAAGAUUUGGCUACUCGUCAGGAGCUCAUGGCUUUUGCUUUGACACAUUGCCCUCCUAGCAGCAUUGAACUCCUAUUGGCAGCCAGCAGCUCUCUGCAGACAGAAAUUCUAUAUCAAAGACUACAUUUCCAAAUUCACCCAGAAGGAGGGGAGAAUUCUAAUGUUGCGCCAUUAAUGUGUAAAGCUUUACAAGAGGAGGAAGGCGGUGUUGCAGGCAGCAGCUCCUCCGACCUACUCCAGUGGACGACUGCCACCACCAUGAAGGUCCUUUCCAAUACCACGACCACCACCCGCGCGGUGCUUCAGGCUGUCAGUGACGGGCAGUGGUGGAAGAAGUCUUUGACUUACCUUCGCCCUCUUCAAGGUCAGGAAUUUGGUGGAGCUUAUCAAAUUGGAACCGUAGCCAAUGAAGGUCUUGAAAAACAAGGUUGUCAUCCUUUUUAUGAAUCUCUCAUCUCCAAUCCCUUUGUCACAGAGUCUGAAGUUACCUAUGACACCUAUCAACAUGCCCCAGUAGAAAGCUUUGCAGAGGUGUUGCUGAGAACUGGAAAACUGGCAGAAACUAAAACUGAAGGAGAAGAAGUAUUUCCAACAACCGAAGUUCUCUUACAACUAGCAAGUGAUGCUUUGCCCAAUGACAUGACCUUGGCUCUCUCUUAUCUUCUUGCUUUACCACAGGUGCUAGAUGCGAAUCAGUGCUUUGAAAAGCAGUCCCACUCUGCGUUGUCUCUUCAGCUAGCAGCCUAUUACUACAGCCUACAGAUAUAUGCGCGACUGGCCCCAUGUUUCAGGGACAAGUGCCAUCCUCUCUAUAGGGCUGAUCCUAAAGAGCUAAUAAAGACAGUUACCCGGCAUGUGACUCGAUACGGCCACGAAGCCUGGCCUGAGGAUGUCCUUUCAUUGACCAAGCAGCUGCAUUACUACAACGAACGGCUUCUGGAUUUCACUCAGGCCCAGAUCCUUCAGGGCCUCCGGAAGGGUGUGGACGUGCAGCGUUUCACCGCAGACAACCAGUACAAAAGGGAAACCAUCCUCGGGCUGGCAGAAACACUUGAGGAAGAUGUCUUCAGCAUUGCUCUUUCUCUGGCACAGCGUUAUAGUGUCUCCCGCUGGGAAGUUUUUAUGACCCAUUUGGACUUCCUGUUCACCGACAGUGGUUUGUCCACAGUGGAAAUUGAAAAUCGAGCCCAAGCUCUUCAUCUCUUUGAAACCUUGAAGACUGAUCCUGAAUCCUUUUACAAACACAUGGUCAAGUAUAUUUACCCCUCAAUCGGUGGCUUUGAUCAUGAGAGGCUGCUGUAUUACUUUACUCUCCUAGAAAGUUGUGGCUGUGCAGAUCUGGGGACAUAUGUCAUUAAACCUGAAACUCAUAUUCGACUACUAAAGAAGUUUAAGGUUGUUGCAUCAGGUCUUAAUUACAAAAAGCUGACAGAUGAAAACACGGAUCCGCUUGAAGCCCUGGGGCCAGUUCUUUCAAGUCAAAAUAUCUUAUCUAUUUCCAAACUUGUGCCCAAAAUCCCCGACAAGGAUGGGCGGAUGCUUUCUCCAAGCUCACUGUACACCAUCUGGUUACAGAAGUUGUUCUGGAGUGGCGACCCUCACCUCAUUAAACAAGUCCCUGCGUCUUCACCAGAAUGGCUUCACGCCUAUGAUGUCUGCACGAAAUACUUGGAUCGCCUCCACCCCAGUGACCUCAUCACUGUUUUGGAUGCAAUUACAUUUUCUCCAGAAGCUGUGACUAAGCUGUCAGUUGAGGUACGAAAAGAAAUAACGGAAAAGGCUAUUAAGACAGUCAAACAUUUUAUUGAGAAGCCAAGGAAAAGAAAUGCAGAAGAUGACUUUCAAGAAACUAGUGAUGCUAAAGUCACUUAUGCAGAUACCCUGAUGCAUCUGGAGAAAUCGCUCGCUCACCUGGAAACCCUCCACCACAGCUUCAUCCUUUCUCUGAAGAACAGUGAGCAGGAAAUUCUGAGGAAAUACUGUGACCUCUAUGAUCUGUCUCGAUCAGAGCAAGGGAAACUUCACGAUCAGGCAGUGGCCAUGUGUUUGGACGGCCAGCCUCUUCAAAUGAUUCAGCAGCUGCUGGAGGUGGCUGUGGGCCCGCUUGACAUCUCACCCAAGGAUGUCGUACGUGGUGCAAUCACAAAAAUAAUUUCUGCAUUAAGUGGGGAUAGUGCUGAGCUUGGCAAGCCAGGAGACCCUCUUCAGGUCCUGGAAGGUGUGGUUGCUUCUGUGCAUGCCAGCGUGGACAAAGGGGAAGGACUGGUUUCUUCUGAGGACCUGCUUGAGUGGCUGCGGCCUUUCUGUGCCAAUGAUGCCUUACCCGUCAGACCCCGCGUUCACGCACUGCAGAUUCUGGGCCAGUCGUUUCACCUGACGGAGGAGGACAGCAAACUCCUGGUGUUCUUUCGAACGGAGGCCAUUCUCAAGGCCACGUGGCCCCAGAAGCGGGUUGACGUGGCUGACAUUGAAGAUGAAGAGAACCGAUACUCUCUCUUCGUGGACCUCCUGGAAUCCAGUCAUGAGGAAGCCGAAUUUCAGCACUUGGUUUUGCUCUUACAAGCGUGGCCACCAAUGAAGCAGGACUAUGUAACCAGCAUAACCCAUAAUCCAUGGGUCAGACUCACUACAGCAAUGCUAACCAGGUGUGCAGUGGAGAAGAAGGAAAGACUGGGCGAUGAAGUUUUGAAAAUCUGCCGUUCCUUAUAUAAUACCAAGCACAUGCUUCCUGCAGAGUGUGUGAAGGAGCUGAGCAAGCUGCUGCAGAGCCAGUCCCUCCUGCUCCCGUCCCUGAAGCUUCUCCUCGAGAGCCAGGACGAGAGUCUGCACACGGACGCCCUGGAGCAGAUCACCGCAGUGACCAAGGUGAACAGUUCCAACUGUGACCAAGAACUUCUUUCCCUGCUCCUGGAUGCCAAGCUGCUCGUGAAGUGUAUCUCCACCCCCUUCUACCCACAUCUCCUCCAGCACCUCUUGACAAGUCCCCAGCGGGAGCGCUGGGAUGCGGAGGGGUUGGCCAGGCUUCUGCAGGAGGCCGGCCAUGAGGCGGAAGCCGGGUCUCUCCUACUGGCCAUCAGAGGGACCCAUCGGGCCCUGAGAACUUUCAGCGUGGCCCUCAGUGCAGGACAGCACUGGGUGUGAGCGCACCGCCUCCCCCACUUUCUCCGUACAUGGUCACCACUGUUGGAGGAAGAAGCAUCCAGAGGCAACGUGUAUACCUGUAGAUAAUUCUCCAUGGAUCCCACAAAUUGCAAAUAAAGCUGUCAAUGAGGAUUCAUUUCCCCCCUCAGAGAGACUAGAUGAUGUUCUUUCUCAGUCACAAAGAGGAACUCUGCUCUUCCACUUUUAUUUAUUAAUUUUUUUUCUGAAUCAUCAUUUCUGAUUAGAACACAAUAAAAUGUCUAAAACUGCA